GCUGACGUCACAAGAGAGGUGGGGUCUUUAGGAUGGUAAAGGGUGGUGGUAGUGGGUGUAGUCGUGUCUCAGUGGAGGCUCGGACCCUGUGACUUGAGAACCCCACCACCCCGGCCCACCCGCACCAGAACGAGUGCAUGUGAGUGUGCGCCCCCACCACCCCCCCCACCCCGAGAAGUGAGUCAUGUCGGACCCCAGGGACAUCGAUGAGGACGCCAUCCUCAAGGGCCUGAGUCCCGAAGAGCUCGACCAGCUGGAUUAUGAACUGCAAGAGCUGGACCCCGAGAAUGCCAUGCUGCCAGCUGGUAUGCGGCAGCGUGACCAGACAAAGAAAAACCCGACGGGACCGUUUGACCGUGACGCUCUGAUGCAGCACCUGGAGAAGCAGGCCAUGGAGCACCCAGACCGAGAGGAGCUGGUGCCUUUCACGGGGGAGAAGAAAGGAAAAGCCUUUGUGGCAAAAAAAGCGGCUGAGAUUCCCCAGCACGAGCAGGUCAUCUUGGAGCCCGAGCUGGAGGAGGCGCUCAAAAAUGCCACCGACGCCGAAAUGUGCGACAUUGCAGCCAUCUUGGGCAUGUACACACUGAUGAGCAACAAGCAGUACUACGACGCUCUGGGCACCACCGGAACUAUCGCCAACACGGAGGGCAUCAACAGCGUGGUGAAAGAAGACCCCUUCAAGAUCUUCCCCGACGAGCCGCCCAACCCCACCAACGUGGAGGAGACGCUGGAGAGGAUCCAAAACAACGACAGCAGCCUGACCGCAGUCAACUUUAACAACAUCAAGGACAUUCCCAUACCGACACUGAAGGAGAUCUUCGAGGCAAUGAAGGGAAACUCUCACGUGGUGGUUCUGAGCAUCGCCGCCACUCGUAGCAACGACCCCGUGGCCUACGCAUGUGCGGAGAUGCUGCAGGAGAACACCAACCUGCAGAGUCUUAACAUCGAGUCCAACUUCAUCACUUCCGACGGCAUGAUGGCCGUCAUCAAGGCCAUGGCCAGUAACGCCACGCUGGUGGAGCUCAAAAUCGACAAUCAGCGACAGAAGCUCGGCGACUCGGUGGAAAUGGAGAUCGCCGCCAUGCUGGAGAACAACUCCAGCAUCCUUAAGUUCGGCUACCAUUUCACGCAGCAGGGCCCGCGCGCCCGCGCCGCCAUGGCCAUGACACGGAACAACGACAUGCUUCGGCAGCAGAGGCUGAGAUGAAGAUGAAGGGUGGAAGAACUCGUCACUUGUCACGCAGAGCAUCUUUUAUUUUAUUUUAGGACAUGUGACAUGAUGAUUCAUCUCAUGUGUGGGGGGAAGGAGCGUCUGUAAAUACUUUCAAUAAAAUAUUUAUUCAAA